AUGAAAAAAUCGAAGUAUCUUGAGACGGUAACGUGCCUCCUGAUGUUUUCUCUGAGUAUGAUUAUCAAAACAUACAAGGUGGAGAGUGGAAACUUUGUGGUAUGGGAUGAAGCGCACUUUGGAAAGUUUUCUGCAAAAUACCUUUCUAGGAAGUUCUAUUUUGAUGUGCAUCCUCCACUCGGCAAGAUGCUGAUAUCUCUUGGAGGAUACAUUUUCAGUCAGCCACUGGACUUUGAAUUCAAGUCUGGAGAGGCAUAUCCGAAGACAUUUGACUAUUCAGGAAUGAGGAGAUUCCAUGCAUUUAUAGCAUCAUUUACACCUUUGUUUGGAUAUUUGAUCCUUAAGGAGAUUGGGUUUUCAUAUAGACGUAGGCUAGCUCUGUCUCUAAUGUUUGUGUUUGAGAAUGGAUUCACAUCAAUUGGAAGAUUGAUUCUUCUGGACUCAUAUCUGCUUACAUUCACAACAGCAGUAUCGUACUUCAUGACAAGACUGUACUUCAGGUCAAGGUUUGGCACAGACACAUACUCUUUGUUCAUGCUAGGGCUGAUGCUUGGAUGUGCAUUAAGUGUGAAGUGGAUAGGCUUUCUGACUAUGAGUUUAGUGGGUGUGUUUACUAUAUACCAGCUGUGGAGCAACAUCACAUCGAAGGCUCGUAUGCUACAGUUCUUCAAGAUGUUUGCCUCAAGAGCGCUUUUUUUAAUAGCGCUUCCAUUGAGUGUGUAUGUAUUAUUGUUCUACAUACACUUCCAGAUAGUGAAUCAUAGUAGCAGUGAUGAAGUUCAAAUGAGUUCGAUGUUUCAGGCAUCUCUUAAAGGAAAUGAGAUCAGCAAUAACAGGAAGUAUCCUUUGUAUGGAACACAGGUGACAAUUAAGUCAGCAAGAGCAGGCGGUGGAUAUCUUCAUUCGCACGACCAUACAUAUCCUGGAAGUAUUAACAACCAAGUAACAACAUAUCAUCAUAAAGAUGAAAAUAAUCACUGGGCAUUUCAGAAGGUAACUGACGACCUGACAGAUGCAAACUACAUUUUAGAUGGAGAUAUUGUGAUUCUGCUGCAUCUGGAAACCAAGAUGUAUUUGGAUGUUCCUGGAAGUAUGUCUUUGGUUUCUAAUGGAAAGCGAGUAGAAACUCUUUCAGGCACAAAGAUAUUAGAAUCAUGUUUAUUCAAAGUUGAAGUUGUUGAGGACGCCUUGGAGAAUGAGAAUAGACUAAAGACACUUACAACAAAGUUCAGACUGCUUAAUACUAGCACAGGAUGCUACCUUAAGGCAUCGCUCAAAAAGUAUCCAUCUUGGGGAUUUGGCCAGGGUGAGGUAACAUGCACACCAAAUCCUGAAGAGUCUUCAUUAUGGAAUGUAGCAGAAUGUAGGUCUGAUAAGCUGGAUGAAGACAAAAAUCCGAUCUACAGUGAAGCAGCUGCAUAUCCAUUCAUGAAAAAGUUUAUAGAGCAUAAUAAGGCAAUGUUUGUUACAAAUGCAUCAUUCAUACAGGACGACAGCCUUGAGCCAGAAAGAAGCGUGUCAAGGCCAUAUGAAUGGUUUAUUCUCAAGAGGGGGCUAAGAAUGACUUCAUGGAGUGGAUCAAAAGAAAAGUUCUAUAUGUUUGGGAAUCCAUUUACAUGGUAUUCUUCUAGUAUUUGCAUCAUUGCCUCUCCGAUCAUUCUCCUUUGCAGAGUGAUUGGAAAAAAGAGAAGUGGAAUGCCUGUGAAGUUCCUUAAGACUGAAGGAUUUUUUGUGUUCCUUUCAUGUUGCGGGUGGUUUCUACACUACAUCCCGUUCUUCUUUGUAAAGAGAGUGCUUUAUUUCCAUCACUAUUAUCCAGCGCUAUUUUUUGGAUUACUCUCAAUUUGCUAUGUAUCAAAGUUCUUGGAGUUCAGGUUCACUGCCUUCUUCAUCUCUAUAGCAAUAGCAUCAUUCUUGAUUUACUCUCAAUCUACAUACGGAUUUGUACAAGAACCAAAGAUACUUCGCAUGCUUAAACUUGUUCCAACAUGGGACUUCACAGAUACUAAAUAG